AUGCAUGUGAGCAUUCUAGAAAUCAUCAGGGAGGGAGGCAAAUCCAACCUCAUCGUGGAGAAGAAACGUCACUUGGCUGGAGAGAAGAAACGUCACCUGGCUGGAGAGAAGAAACGUCAGUUGGCUGGAGAGAAGAAACGUCAGUUGGCUGGAGAGAAGAAACGUCAGUUGGCUGGAGAGAAGAAACGUCAGUUGGCUGGAGAGAAGAAACGUCAGCUGGCUGGAGAGAAGAAACGUCAGUUGGCUGGAGAGAAGAAACGUCAGUUGGCUGGAGAGAAGAAACGUCAGCUGGCUGGAGAGAAGAAACGUCAGUUGGCUGGAGAGAAGAAAUGUCAGCUGGCUGGAGAGAAGAAACGUCAGUUGGCUGGAGAGAAGAAACGUCAGCUGGCUGGAGAGGAGAAACGUCAGUUGGCUGGAGAGAAGAAACGUCAGUUGGCUGGAGAGGAGAAACGUCAGUUGGCUGGAGAGAAGAAACGUCAGUUGGCUGGAGAGAAGAAAUGUCAGCUGGCUGGAGAGAAGAAACGUCAGUUGGCUGGAGAGGAGAAACAGGAGAAACGUCAGUUGGCUGGAGAGAAGAAAUGUCAGUUGGCUGGAGAGGUGAAACUUCAGCUGGCUGGAGAGAAGAAACGUCAGUUGGCUGGAGAGGAGAAACGUCAGUUGGCUGGAGAGAAGAAACGUCAGUUGGCUGGAGAGAAGAAACGUCAGUUGGCUGGAGAGAAGAAAUGUCAGUUGGCUGGAGAGGAGAAACGUCAGUUGGCUGGAGAGAAGAAACGUCAGCUGGCUGGAGAGGAGAAACGUCAGUUGGCUGGAGAGAAGAAACGUCAGUUGGCUGGAGAGGAGAAACGUCAGCUGGCUGGAGAGGAGAAACGUCAGUUGGCUGGAGAGAAGAAACGUCAGUUGGCUGGAGAGGAGAAACGUCAGCUGGCUGGAGAGAAGAAACGUCAGCUGGCUGGAGAGGAGAAACGUUAG